AGCCGUGCACGAGGGUAUUUAGGACGCAAUGUGCAAGACAAUGGUGUCUGUCAUAAACAGUCACAUAACCCUGCACGCAACAAAACGAUCUCCUUGUUCCCAUUCCAGUCCAGCACGGGUUUUCCCUCUUGCAUAACGUGGUGCGCUCAGAGGGGCGGGGCUAACUCAACCUUUUGCACGCCGAGGCUGCACAAGAUGAGGUUGGAUGCUGACUUCCCGCGGCUGUGACUUACUGCGCUGAGUUGGAUGCUUUCCUGCACUUUAAAGAGGAUUUAUGUGGAAAUCGCUUUGAAAUGACCGGAGAGAGCAUCCAUAUAAAUAAUACCUCUGUAGAUGGCAAAAAACAGAGAUUGUUGCGAUGAAACACUCAAUUGUUCUUGGGAUUUUUUUUAAGUGCCGUUGCUUGUUUUAUUUUAAAAAGUAGGCUAUAUGCUCACUCUCGCUUUACCUUACUGCUGCGAAGAAUACGUUCAACAAAGUUGAAGCUCAUUUUGUUGAACAACCAGAGGAACAACCAAGUAAACAGAAACAGCAAAAUAAUUAAUAGAUAAAUAGGUAACUGUCCUUACUCGCGUUUGGAGCUGUCUUGUAGGAGGAGUUCGUUUAAACCUUACAAGUAACGGAUUUUCCCCCUUAUAAAAGAAGAUUUGAACCCAGCUACCCAUUGGAACGCUGCGCGUGGGACUGGCGGUGACUACCUAACAGGUAGGUCCUGGCACUGACGGAUGCCCUGUUGUCACGCAUAGUCCAGAUCUUUCCUCUUUCCUUACCCCCCCUCUUCUUCCACCACCAAUCCAAUACACCCACCCACCACACUACUCACCACACUCUCCCCUCCUGCCCACCCCCCCCCCCACCCCCCCAAAGCAUUGCAAAUAAGACCUGCUCUCCCCGGGCCUCGGACGCUCAAACAGCACACACCCCCGUGCUCUCUCUCUCUCUCUCUCCCUCUCUCUUUCUUCCUCUCUGCAUGAGCUGCCUCCCUCCUCCGGAGUCCCGCGAUCUUCAUGGGUUGAAGAGGAGCUGAAGAGCCGACACUCUUCCUCCUGCUCCUCGUCCUCGUCGUUCCUCCUCAUCCUCAUCCUCCUCCUCGUGCGGACGCAGCCUCCCCGCAGCCUCCCGUUUUUGGGGGGGGGGCGCCAUGGCCCCAGCCUCUGGCGUGUUUGGACUUGCAGCCGCGGCGGCGGUCGGAGGGAGAAUAGCGGGUCGCUGCCAGUGAGCGGGCGGAAGCGACACCACCACCCGCACAAGAUCACCACCACCCCCACCUCCGCAGGACCACCCCCACCUCCGCAGGACCUCCCCCACCUCUGCAGCAGCAGGACCACCACCACCCCGCGCUCCUGUCUCAGAGUGGAAGGGGUCCCGCUCGUUUAGCGCGCCUGGACUGGGGUCGGGGGGGGGGGGGCCCCGCAGGGCCCGGCAGUGAGCAUGCAGCUGGGAUUGAUGGCGGUGCUGAUCUUCCUCAGCUCCGCGGAGAACGGCAGCACCACCCGGGACCCCAAGGACCGGAGACAGAGACGGAUAAGCACUGAGGUCCCGCCCUCCUGCUCGCGCGGGUGCGAGCUGUGCUCGCAGUACAACGGGUGCCUGAAGUGCCUGCCCAAACUCUUCAUCCUGCUGGAGCGCAACGACAUCCGCGAGAUCGGCGUGUGCCUCUCGUCCUGUCCCGAGGGCUACUUCGGGGUGCGCAACCCCGACAUGAACAAGUGCACCCGGUGUCGAAUAGAGAACUGCGAGGCCUGCUUCAGUAAAGGUUUCUGCACAAAAUGUAAAGAGGGCCUGUAUUCCCUUAGGGGGCGCUGUUACAACAGCUGCCCCAAGGGCUUCAGCACCACUAACGGCACCACAGAGUGCAUCAGUACAGUGCAAUGCGAGCUGGGGGAGUGGGGCCCCUGGGGGCCCUGCAUGAAGAAGAACAAGACCUGCGGUUUUAGGAAGGGGACCCAGGUCCGGUCCCGCGAGCCCACGCAGACCCCCAGCCCGGACACUGUCCCGUCUCCCGUCGCCCCGGCAACCUGCUCCCCGGAGACGGAGAGCCGCAGAUGCACCGUGCGGAAGGUGCCCUGCGCUGGGGGCAAAGAGAAGGGGAAGAACAAGAGCGAGAGACGAGAGGAGAACAAGAACAGAGAGAACAAAGAGAACGGGAAGAACAGGAGCCGGGAGGCCAAAGACGGGCGAGCGGGGGGGAAGCGCAAGAAGGGCCAAAAUCGGGCCACGCCCACCCCCGCCUUCACACCCAGCGGCACCAACUAACCCACCGAGGGAAGGGCCUAUAUAUACAUAUAUAUCUAUACAUGCACAUAUAUGUAUAUAUAUAUAUGUGUAUAUAUGUAUAUAUAUGUAAAAGAAAGAUGUGAAACCAGAUAAACUCACUAAUGAAGAAAAGGGUUUGUGCUGCUAUAAUGCAUUUAGAAGAAGAUUUUGCCAAGAGAACUGGAGGAUUGCUGCAAUAAAUAAGGAACAGUUCUGAAGUGGGCGGGGGUUGGGGUCGAGACGGAGCAGGGUCGCAGACCUGCCGUAUGGACGGACGGACAGACGGACAUUUUCCGGGACAUUCUAUCUGCGAUGGGAGGGUCCCGUUGUUUGGGAAUCCUGUGUGGUUUUCCUUUGAGAACGUAACGGGGGCCGAGGUUUGUCAUGGCAUUGGUUCUUUUAUUUUAUUUCCUUGGUUUUUCUCUUGUGAACAGAUUAACAGACUUUGGAUGAAAGAGGUCUAAGGUUUGGAGGGUAAACUCGAAGAGAAGUUAAUGCUGGAGGCCCAGCAGAGAUGGCGGGGGGGGGGGGGAUGUUUAAAUUCACAGCAUUUGCAUUGUUGUUUGAAAUUCUGAAAUUUUAUUUUAAUGACGCUUUUGUUUUUCAAACGUGGAAUGCUACAGCACACAUCCAGUGCUGUAACAGUAAGGGAAGUCUGGGGGCGUUGUUUAAACUUAAUAUUUGAGGCUGGGGGGGG